AUGCCGCCCCGGGUUCAGAGCCGGCGCGUGUCCAGCAUCCUUCUCCCCUACCUCGCACCUUCUUCCGCAUCAAUUCAACCCUCCUCAUGUCCUUCGCAAAUACUUUCCCGUCAGUUCUCGGCCACGUCGGCUCCCCAGACCAAGCUACGUCGAGAGAUGUUUGCAUGGCUCAACACCGAGGGAGCUGCUUUAAAAGACCACGUGCCGGGUGAGACCAACUAUUUGCCAAACCCGCGCAACUUCAACGAGACCAAUCUCAAACCAUUCCCACAUAACGACAACUUUAUCAGUGAAAGCAUCCUCAGCGAAGAACUCCGGAACGAGAUCUAUACACGGGUUGUAAAGAAGAAGAGGAGUGUGCGUGCCGUCAGUGUUGAGCUCGGUGUUGAGAUGAAGCGCAUUGCCGCGGUUGUGCGAUUAGUAGAACUUGAACAAAGACAAAGGGCCCAGGGUAAACCAUUAGCCUUACCAUAUGCUCGCGCUGUCCACGAGAUGGUCCCAACUACCCGCCUCGCCGAAAAGGGCGAACGCCAGGCCUGGCACGAACCCAUCAAUGACCUCCCCGCGCACCCAGCCACAGGUGCUCAAAUAUUCUACCCCGUUCCCGAAUCCCGCUCAUUUACGCGUGUUGACGCCGGCCGCGUCUUCUCCGCCGCCCCCGCCCUUGAGAACGAGAGACGGGAGGCUAUCUCCCAUCCUUCUGACCUCGCAGAGGACGUUCUGAAUAAGAAGCCCGGCGCGAUUGAGAUGGUCGGCAAGGGCGACAACGCCCGGGAAGUCCUCCUUCCUGCUGACGCCCGCAUUCCCCACCCACACUUGGUGAAGAUGGAGCUCGAUCGCAUUGCCUUCCCCGAGGAGCGCCGCCAGAUCGUUGAGCGCAACGUCAAGCGCAUCGCCCGCCAGGACGAGAUCGAGAAGUCUCGCCGGGAGAAGGCAGAGGCUUGGCGCGAGCGCUCCAUCAGACACAUUGAACCUGAGGGGGGCCGCUUCGACUUCCGCUUCCAGAACGUCGAGUUCAGCAAGCAGACCACCGGCGCCAAUGGCCGUAGCCACAAGGCCCCUGGACGCCGGUACGGCGUGCCCAACCAGAGCCACAAGCGUGGCGUCACCAAGAUUCCUACGCGCGUCGAGGCGUAA